AUGGCGAUUCCCGGUGGGGGUCGGGGGCGCGGGGAGCUUGGGGGUCACCGUGCUCAGCGUCCCGUCCCGCCAGGCGCGCCCACCUACCGGCAGCAGGCGGCCGUGCCCUUGGCCUCGGAGACGCACAGCGGGGAGGACGUGGCGGUGUUUGCGCGCGGCCCGCAGGCGCACCUGAUGCAUGGCGUCCAAGAGCAGAACUACAUCGCGCACGUCAUGGCCUUCGCCGCCUGCCUGGAGCCCUACACCGACUGUGGCCUGCCGCCCCCGGCCCCACACGGACAAAGCGCGGGGUCUGGCCCGACCACCUCAGCAGGGUCCAGCCUGAACACCACUCAGACACGCGUGCCCGUGCUGCUGUGGCCGCUGCUGCCCGUGCUGCUGCUGCUGCCGCUGCUGCCGCUGCUGGCGCUGCGGUCAGUGGCAGCAGCUUCCUGUUCGGGGGCCUCCUCCAGAGCCUCCACCAGCGGAGCUCAGAAGUGGAAGUGGCUGCUGGCCCAGAUCUUCCAGGAGGACUUUUUGGAGGAGGAGGUGGUGCUGCUGGCCACAGACUACAUGCAGCAGGUGUCCCAGCUGAUCCACUCCAUGCCCUGCAGCUGCCAGCGGAGCCGGCUCAGGCCGCCCGGGAGCGGCGAGGAGAACUCCAGCACUUGCGGUCGGGAUCUGAGCACUGGGAGCUCUCGGCGGCUGCAGCUCCAGGCCUCAGCAUUGGCACCCCUCGGCAUCACCUGA